AUGCCGAACGCGAUCCCGGCCUUCUUCCGCGCCUCGCCGGCCGCGGCGUCGGGCUCCGGCGCCGGGGCGGGGCCCAGCCUCGCCACCUCCGUCUACGAGACCCGCCUCGGCCUGGCGGCGCUCUCCUGGUCGCGCGCCGCGUUCGGCCUCAGCCUCCGGGCCGUGCUCCGCGUCGGGGCGCUCGCCUCCUCCUCCUCGGCCUCCGACUACGGCUGCUACGACGACGGCCCGGAGUUCGACGAGGAGGCCACCAUCGCGGUGCGCGUCCGCCCCUGGCUCUUCUGGCGGCGCCGCGGGUCCAAGCGCUUCCAUGUGCACGACCGCCGGAUCGACCUCGCCUGGGACCUCACCCGCGCGCGGUUCGCCUCCCCCGGCUCGCCCGAGCCGUCGUCCGGCUACUUCGUCGCCGUCGUGGUCGACGGCGAGAUGGCGGUCGUGGCCGGGGACAUGGCGGAGGAGGCGUACCGGAAGACCAAGGCCCAGCGGCCGACGGGCCCCGGCCACGUCCUCGUCUCCCGGCGCGAGCACGUGUCCAUGCGCGACGGGGGCCAUGGCCGCGGGCACAAGACCUGCGUCAAAGUCCGCGGCAAGGAGCGGGAGAUCUCGCUGGAUCUCGUCUCGCGCGGGCACGGCAAGGACAGGGAAAUGGACAAGGAGAAGGACAAGGCGGAGGUCGGCCUGUCGGUCUCCGUGGACGGCGAGCGCGUGCUCCACAUCCGCCGCCUGCGCUGGAAGUUCCGCGGCAGCGAGAAGGUUGACCUCGGCGGCGGCGACCGGGUCCAGGUCUCCUGGGACCUCCACAACUGGCUCUUCUCCGCGCGCGAGCCGGCCCUCACAGACGCCGCCUCCGUCCUCGCCGCGGCGUCCCCGCCCGCGCACGCCGUGUUCGUCUUCCGAUUUGAGCUGGGCGACACCGCCGCCGGCGAAGAGCGCGACACCGCAGAGGCCAAGGAGAAGGAGCUGCUCGACAAGGCCAGGAGAGGCGGCGCCGGCGUCUUGUCAGGCUACCUAGGGAGAUGGGGCAGAGGGGACUGGAGCGAGACCAGCAGCAAUGGGGAGAACCGGAGGAAGAGGGGGCAGGCGCGGAGGCUGGCCAAGGCAAGCUCGUCGUCGUCAGCAUCCAUCGCAUCCUCCUCGGCCUCGUGGGCGAGCAGCUCGACGGUCAUGGACUGGGCCAGCCCCGAGGAGGCCGAGCUGCACCGCGGCGACGGCUUCUCGCUCCUCGUCUACGCCUGGAAGAGCUAG